GGCGGCCCCAGUUUAGCGACGAGCCUCUUCCACACCGCUAUAAAGAAAGCUUGGCAGUUGGCACCUUCCCGUGCCUUCCUCGUAUCCAAAGCUGCUUCUUUUCUUCCCACCUCGCACCCAAAUCAGUCCCCCGACAAAUUCGAUCAAUCUUCUCCUGGGUUUAGGGAGAAAUGGCGACAAAGAGGAGCGUCGGCACCCUGACGGAGGCGGAUCUGAAGGGGAAGAAGGUGUUCCUCCGCGCCGAUCUGAACGUGCCUCUGGAUGACAACCAGAAGAUCACCGACGACACCCGCAUCCGCGCGUCCGUGCCCACCAUCAAGUUCUUGAUGGAGAAGGGCGCCAAGGUCAUCCUGGCCAGCCAUCUGGGACGUCCAAAAGGUGUUACUCCCAAGUACAGCUUGAAGCCUCUUGUCCCACGCUUGUCUGAACUCCUCGGAGUCGAUGUUGUGAUGGCCAAUGACUGCAUUGGUGAGGAAGUUCAGAAGCUGGCUGCUUCUAUACCAGAUGGAGGCGUUCUGCUUCUAGAAAAUGUUAGGUUCCACAAGGAGGAAGAGAAGAACGACCCUGAGUUUGCCAAGAAGCUGGCAUCUGUUGCUGAUCUCUAUGUAAAUGAUGCCUUUGGUACGGCACACAGAGCCCAUGCUUCAACAGAGGGAGUUACCAAGUAUUUGAAGCCUGCUGUUGCUGGCUUCCUUAUGCAGAAGGAACUUGACUACCUUGUUGGCGCUGUUGCCAACCCAAAGAAGCCAUUCGCUGCAAUUGUCGGUGGAUCCAAGGUGUCAACGAAGAUUGGGGUGAUUGAAUCUCUUUUGGCGAAAGUUGACAUUCUCAUCCUUGGUGGUGGUAUGAUCUUUACAUUUUACAAGGCUCAGGGAUAUGCUGUUGGAAAAUCUCUUGUGGAGGAAGACAAGCUUGAACUAGCAACCUCACUUAUUGAAAAAGCCAAGUCAAAGGGAGUCUCUCUCUUACUUCCCACUGAUGUUGUAGUGGCUGACAAGUUCGCCGCAGAUGCUGAGAGCAAGAUUGUUCCUGCAUCUUCUAUCCCUGAUGGUUGGAUGGGCCUUGAUAUUGGCCCUGACUCCAUCAAAACUUUCAGUGAAACUUUGGAUACCACCAAGACUGUCAUCUGGAAUGGACCUAUGGGAGUUUUCGAGUUUGAGAAGUUUGCAGCUGGCACUGAUGCGAUUGCCAAGAAGUUAGCUGAAAUCACUGCGAAAGGGGCCACAACCAUCAUUGGAGGUGGCGACUCUGUUGCUGCUGUUGAGAAGGCCGGGUUGGCGGACAAGAUGAGCCACAUCUCAACCGGUGGUGGUGCGAGCUUGGAGCUGUUGGAAGGCAAGACCCUCCCGGGUGUCCUUGCUCUUGACGACGCAUAGGCUGGUACUGGUGUCGUGUAAAAAUUCAAGUCCUCGCCUGCUGUCCAGGACUUGAAAUAGGUUUCUCUUCGAGUGUUGCUACAUGAGCAGUGAAUAAAUUUGGCUUCCAUGGGCAUGAGAGAUGUGCCCGGAACCAACAGACUUCCAUGGACGUGCUCUCUCGGGCGCUGAAGUCGUUUUCUUUUGCUGUGGGUAUUUCCAACACUUAAAUUGGGUACAUGUUGUGUUUGGAC